UUCCAUAUGCGGAUAGAAAAAGAGUGAAUGCAAUUUCUCCAGGGACCCAGAGCUUGUCCCCUUUCUCCCAUGCACUGCUCCUGCCUGCUACCAGCACUGGCAGCCAGGGAUAUAUAUGGUCCCCUGAUGCUGUGAUUGCCCUGUACUCUGGCCAGGACACUUGAAACCCACCCCAAGUCCCCAGCGCCGCCCUCACCCGGUCGUGUCACCAUGUCCGCCAGCUGUUUCCCGGAAUGACUGCCUGAGCGGAUAAAAUGAUGGACUUGCAUUGCACUUCAGACUGUGCAGCCUACGCCAGCAAAUGCCUGGGAGGAAGGAUUCUGUGUCAUGCAAGCAGAAAUUCCACCGGCCCUACACGUCAUUGUGAGUCACAUCCUCCUGGGUUUGGAACUCUGGCUUCAGAGUUUCUCAGCCACUUCCCAGUGAGCCCGCUCAAGACGCUGCUCUCCACCCGGCUGAAGAUGACCGACUGCGAGUUUGGGUACAUCCACACGCUGGCCCAGGACUACCUGCAGUACGUCCUGCAGGUGCCGCAGCCCGGAACUGGCCCCAGCAGAGCCUCCAGGGUGUUGCAAGAUGUUGCCUCUUCAGUCCAAAAGGAAGUGGAGAAGAAUCUGAAGCCGUGCUUGGACAAUUUCAGUGUCGUGUCUGUAGACACUGCCAGGACAAUAUUCAACGAAGUGAUGGAAAAGGAGUUUGAAGACGGCGUCAUUAACUGGGGCAGAAUUGUGACCAUAUUCGCAUUUGAAGGUGUUCUCAUCAAGAAGCUGCUCAAGGAGCGGAUCUCCCCAGAUGUGGAUACUUACAAGGAGAUUUCGUACUUUGUUGCUGACUUCAUAACGAAACACACAGGAGAAUGGAUAAGGCAGAACGGAGGCUGGGAAAAUGGCUUUGUAAAGAAGUUUGGACCGAAAUCGGGCUGGCUGACUUUUCUGGAAGUUACAGGAAAGAUCUGUGAAAUAUUAUCUCUGCUGAAGCAAUACUAUUGACCUAAAAGGACACUAUUGUGAAACCUGCCUAAUUUUCUGGACUCUUGCAAGAGGUAUUGCCAACGCAUAGUACUUCUACUUCUAAACAAAGAACUUUGAAGAUGCAACUUGAUGACCCAGAGUUACAGAAAUGUUGUCCCUGUUUCAAUGAAUAAAUAUGUAUUUGUCUCUCA